AGUCAAACAGUGACCAUAUUCAUGGCUGUGUCACCACCACAGUUUGUUCAAUCUAUCCGAAAACGCUAAUAAUGGAAACUAGCUACUUAUGCUGUUAUCACAAAGUAGUAUGUAGAUGUACUCGUACUCUCAUCGAUGGUAAUAAAUCAAUAUCAUCAUCAAGAUCCUCACUCAUUGUAUCUUCUACAAGAAUUCUUGAAAUAACAUGCCUUCAUCUACGACUGGCAAAGGCGCGAAACUCGGAAGAGCUGCGCCGAAGAGAGGCCGGCCGGCGGAAGAGGACAGCGUUACGGAAGCAGUUGGCGCGGAGCCGAAUAAACGCCAAAGGACUACGGCAACAGCAAGAGGCACGUCUAGUAGUACGAGCAAAGCCUCUUCGUCUAGUCGUGGCGUGGUGAGAAAAAACCAGCAACAACCUGGUGGAGCGAAGGAUGUCCCUCAUGAAGCUUUGAAGAAGCCGAAAACUAGCGCAGCUAGCUCCAGCUCUACUUCUACGUCUAGUACAACCGGGAAAAGGCGUCCUCUCAGCGGGAAAAAUGUUGAAGAGGAUGCUGAAGACGAGGCGUCGUCUACAACAUGCAACGUGAAGACGAGCAGCUCCGAAUCGUUGUUGUUGAACAGUGAGACUGAUGCCAACAAACCUUCCCCGACAUAUGCUUACCGCCCAUCGCUAGACUGGACCCUAGGACUGCUCAUACAGCCAACGGGGUGGACGUGUGAGAAGCCGCUACAAGAGCUCGAGGAAGAUGGCGUUUUGCGACGGCUUCCACAACGCACACGAGCCGGGCAGCCGAUUUUCGUGAGUCGCUUUUCUUGGCCCGAGGAAGUGGAUAAAGUCGCUCGAAGUGCUGGAACUACAACUAACUCUCUCGGGGCAGAAGAAUUCGAUGUCUGCAAUUUUAGCCUAUCUAGUGAGGCUGACGAAAGUCCAUCAUCCUCCUCUUCAGGAGACGAUAAUGCGCUAGAGGGAGACGAUGUGCCGCCGCAGGAACAGCACGACGAGGAGCGCCGAAGUGGCAGCGCUGUUCGCAGACAAGGAAUGCACUUCGUACUAGAUGAAGACGAACGCCUAUUGGAGAUUCCUCCUUCCACCGCUGUUGACUCGGCGCCGUCUGCCUCCUCUUCGAACAAACCGUCGUUAAAGAUUAGGGAAGUCGCUCUAUUCUACAAGCAAUUUACUUUGGACCGUACCCCUCACGCUCAACUGACGAGAAAGAGUAGAAUCAUGAACGUCAUUCGACAUAAUAUGAUUGCCGGCCUAGUAUUUGUAUUGACUGCUACACAGGACCAGUACGUGGCACUGAUAAAAGUGCCGUACUUGCUUGAUUAUAGAUAUAAUUUACUUAUCAAGACGACGUACAUCUAGAGCAUUGUGACGACCGUACGACAUUGCAACAGCAACAAUUUGUAGCAGGAUACUUUUUAUCUAAGCAAGCUCGUCUCGCUCGGCACAAACGGUUACCGACGGGGCGGCCGUUUUGUGCGGAAGUGCGGUGGGCUCUCCUUCGAUUUCUGCAACAGGAUCCGGUAGGCGAAGGUCUUGCAUUAGACGUAGUAGAAAUGUGGAGCGAGUAUUUGAACGCAGUCGUAAGGCGUCGGAAGCCUGCAGGCCCCCCGAGAUUCGCGAAAAGAAGAGACAUGCCUUGGACUUUCGACAUGUCAUACCAUCUCCGGGAAAGCAAGUCGAUUAUUACGACUGCAAAUUUGUUCGAAAGCCUUUGGAAUUUUUGUAAUGCUGGCUUUGUUAGUUAUCAUUAAAGUUGUGAAAUAGUAUUUACUGAAUCUUCUACUGAACCUUAGGGUCGUACAACGAGUUAGGAAAUAGUUCGACGCUCAACAUCACAAGGAAUAGGAAAGAGUGAGAGUGCCAGAUCUGGAAAAUGAUGGAUGGUCUAAAGAACCUUGGGCUUGGAAAUUUCCACAUGAAAGAGUAUGCAGAUACUUAGAUCCGAAGAUACUAGAGGCGAUGACCACACGUCUACGGCCGAAAUUUCAGCUCCUUUUAGACCCGAAGAUACCGGAGGCGACGACCACACGUCUACAGCCGAAAUCGCAGCGAAUUAAAACUGCAAUAGUGGGGAAUCGUGAUUCCGAUUCAUGGGAGGAAAAGCCCCUGAAAGGUACGUCGUCCACCAAGAAUAUCAUGCAGGUGUGAAACUGAAGCCCUGAGCCCUGGAACUAUAGAGAAAGAGAAUGAGAAAGUCUACUUUAUUCACGAACUUAUUUAUUUGUGUUUUCAAACAAUUUCGUCAAGUACUACAGGAACAGGGUCAGGACGACUUUUCUCAACAUUAAGAUACCUCGUCUAAAGAGCAUAAAGCUGCAGCUGCUAGAAAAGGUAAAGGCAGUGCAGCGAUGCAAGGACAACAGCGCUCGAGCGCGAUAAACGUCCUCGACGAUGGUCGUGAUUCGGACAGUUCUUAUGUACGGUAAAGCUAUAGGUGAGAAGAGAUGCGCGAUGUUUGCUAGCAGCCUAAGAGGUCAAGCGACUACAGUCCUAAGAGGGAAGCAUUUAUUUUGCGUUACUAGAAUAAGAAUUGCAGCCGCUUAUACUUCUAUUGUUAUUAAAAAAGGAUGAGAAUAGUACAUUCGCAUUCCCUUGCUUCGUUCCCCUCAUCGACGUAUUAACAAUAACAUGGCUCACAUGAUCGCUGCCGAGCGCAGCAUUUUACCCACCACAUCACCAGUGCACUUAAAGAAAAGUCUGCAGAUUGCCUCUUAAAUCAAUUCCUGGCACUUUUCAUCAACGUAAGAACUCCUCUAAGUCAUGGAGGGACACGAGUCUGGUAUAUAUGAAAGGUACUGGUCGUUUAACCCGAAAGCCCGGGAUCUAUUUCGUUUCACCAGCAACGUGAGCGAGAAGAUUCCGCCAGUUUUGGCCAGUUCCGCUACCAGCUCUUCAGUUGGGAACACCGCAAAGAAUCAAACAGUUAACAACAAAAAGGACCGGCUUUUCGAGGCACAAAGCAAGGAAGACGGUUAAGACAAGUACACUUAAGUGAUUUAUUCAUCCCCAGUAGGCGCUUGCCAUCUCAGUGAUCAAAAACCACGACGACGUCGCUGAUGAAGCAUUGAUUAGGUUCUUGUUUGGUCUAGUACUUCUCACGUUAGGACAUAUUUAUAAUAAAUACCAUACCAGGUGAAAGCCUUGAGUGCUCACGCGAUGGCUGCGAUCAGGUUCGUUUGUUCUUGACUUAGUGGAUAAGUGUAGUAGAUGUGAUUACUUACCGACGGAGUGAAAGGCAGGCCUCAUUCCCCUCCCUAGCUCGCCUUAGUGAGGUCUUCGGCGCGAGGCGUGCUGCAAGUCUAGACUCGUCCCCCCAAAAGUAUCGCCUUUUUGGGAAGGUGUAGGAAGGUCCCGCGACGCUCAAAGCACACAAAGGAUAUUAGCCGGCUAAUUUCCCUCGAUGUUUCGGAGGUCGUUAGUACUUAGUCCCUAUUUGCAAUAAAUGCCAUACAAUUACGAGGCGUAGCAGGGUGUACAGUCAAGAACUGAACUGGGUCUCGUCUUCGCUGAAAAAGGUGUCAGGGUCAGCUAUAAGAAUAAGACCAGGCCUCACAUUCGCCGAAAAAGGGAGAGCUUGCCAUUGCGGCAAACCUGAGGGCGUGUACGAAGCUCACUGUGUCCUUUGCGUCACUUUUUGCCCCUUCGUCCCCAGCAGAGGGCGAAUCUGCGUCAUCGGCGUCAUGCAGCAAGAUUAAGGCUCGUUAUAUCUAUUCUUGGUGCUUCAUUUCAUAAAGUUUAUUCUCUUUUUCACGUCCAAGGUCUUUUCCAACAGAGGGCAGGGCUGAAAAGAGGAACCGAAUAAGAAAUCAAUUAUCGUGACGAGCUCUAACAAAGAGAUGAAAGCCGCCGGGCCGGCGCAAGCAAAGAAGCAAGGAUCUUCUACCUUUAGUGGAGAACAAGGAUCCUCAUCUAGCACGGCAAAACAAGGGGCCUCGACGAAAAAGACAAAAGAGGCGCUAGGCAAACAGCGAGGUGGAAUACAUCCUACGACCAGUGCAUCAUCGGUAAGGCUCUUGUGUUGCAGUUGCAUGAGAUGAUUGGCAUGCGCUUUCGGAAAGCUGACACCCAAGAACGUCUUGCGCAUUUUUCCCGUCUUUCUCUUUGUUGCAUCAUGUACUUUAUUUUUCGACAAAGUAAAAUAGGGUCAGACACCAGUGGCCUAAUCAUACAUAGAUACUGCUGAAUAUUCAACGAACAGGUGCCGGCGGGACUGGAGCUGAGGAUUCCCGAGAACCCAGAUAGAAUGCUGGCUAGCGACUUCUGCGAGUUGGUAACUUCAACGAGUUGGCAUCUUGUUAAGGCGACCAAGACCAAGAUAGCAUCCUCCCACAGCAUACUCUUUUGGUAUAGUUCAGCUCAUGCCUAGUUGACAAGUGAUGGAGAGCCACUAAAAUAUAUGUAUUCAUUGAUGCUAUCGCUAAUAACAUAUAUAUUCCAGGGCCCGGGGCGACGCCCCCCCCUAGCGGGGGGGGGCGGGCGCCCUGGACCCCUUUUUGAGGCGUCUGCCGGGGGAGGAAGGCCUCAAAAGGGGGCCAAGGGGCCACCCCCGGCCCCUUCCAGGAGCUUUGUGUCCCCUGGAGGCCUGGGAAGUAGGUGGAAGGCCUCAAGGGGGGACCAAGGGGCUCGCUGCCUUCUUCUCGUUUGCAUGUACCCGACAGACUUGAGGGGUUAGAUGGCUACAGACAAAAGGGGCCCACGGGACCGCCUGCGCCCCCGUCCAGGCGCCUGCCUGUGCCCUCAGUGCGUCCGCUAGGCUUCGCCGCCGCAGCAGUGCGCCGGCAGCGGAAGGCCUCCGAAGACGGCAAAAGGCGAGGGACUGGGCCCCCUGAGCCGUGCCGCCUGUACCCUCCGGGCCCUUGGUCAUCGGCUUGCUUGCUCUUGCGACCGUGGCCCUUAGGAACGCGCUGAGAGGUCCAAGGGGAGGCCCGCGCCAAGUUUUGGCGCCUUCCACCACUAGAAUCCGCGAAAAAUCCGCGCGGAAAAGCGCGCGGGCGCGCCACCACAGACCAGACCACGGGGGGGAAGGGGGGGCCGUACGGCCCUGAGGCAUAUAUAAGAAGCAAAGCGUUUAAGAUUCUAAGGCCUGCAAGAUUAGUCACUGAUGCCAUUAUUUUCCUUAGCUUAUAGCUGUCCUCCUGAGGGGGAAAAACGUCGAGGAUACUGCUAGAGUGAGAUGCGAAUGCGGUAGCUCUAAUGUUGGGGACAGCGAGGGCCACUUCCUGGAAAUUGAAACACCGAAGUCACGCAGUCUCCGAAAGCAGGAACAGGGCGAGAUCUAUUGCUGCGACGCGUGCUGUCCUCGAGACAAAUUGAAAUCGAAGGACUGCCGCUCACAGUUUGGACAGGACACGCUUGCGCUGCGGACGAUAGAAGCGCUCUGUCCCUGGCGCAGCAAGCGGCAUGCGACUGAUUUUUGGACGCGUGAUAAUCAUGCUUUUUGCCGAGGUGUUUUCGACGAAGAUGAUGAAGACGGCGUCAGUCUUUGGUUUAUGGCAAUGCCGGCAUUUGAUUGGUCAGAAUCUUCCAUUUGCGUCCUUAGUGCUUUGUACUUGUAGACAAAACAUUUAAUGUACACACAUGCUUAAAGAAAUUUCUGUGAUGGGAAGAGUAUCAUAUGUUCUUCGAAGUAGUCGGUGUUGGAGGUCGGUGUUUGACAAUAGGUUAUAUUUCUCGAAGUUUUAGAGUUAGGCUGGAGCUAUUCUCUCGAAUCAGAUUGAGGAUUUCGAUUUGGUGAUGUCAGGAGCGGACGACGAGUGGCCGUAUAGCAGCAGAAGACUUCCCAAGAAAGCUGCACAAAGAAUCCGCGAUCGCGCUUUUUUCCCGAAGUCGAUGAAAAAAUAUCUAGAUGAAUUCGACGACUCGUCUUGUGCCUCUGUGCCAAGAACCAGCCACAAGAACAAAAGGGACACUUCUACUUCAUCGCCCAGCACUAGUUGCACUGCGACUAGAGCUACGAAAAAUAAGCAGCAGAUGAGGAUCAGCGAUGAUGUUAAGAUCGAAAAGCUACUAACGCAGGGCACUUCAUCUCAAUCUACUAACAAGAAAUCGGACAAAAAUAUAAACGGCCGUGCUGCUGCAGAAGGAAAUAAACGACAGCAUGUUGCAACUGCUGUAAGUUUGGAUUUGGAGCGCCUUCUUGAUGAAGACCGUGAUGCUCAACUGGCGGCGUUGAGCGAAAGGGCGGACGAGACCCCUUGGACUCCCGGUUCGCUUCCACCAGAUAUCACUGUUUGUUGUAGCUUCGGUGGCAGUGCGGAAACAGGGAAUUACGGUUGUGAUGGAUGCUGCCCUGCAUGUGGCUGCGUCGCGCUUUUUCAUGGCAGACCGCCUCUGAUUAUGCAGAUGAAGCAUUCUUCUACUAGAGUAUAAUUGAUAGAUAAGUAUAUCGAACAUUCUUACUUUGUUGGAGGGCGUCAGAUCUUAUUUCAUGUUGACCUUGACGUCCUGCUUUGUUUACAACACGAGGGCCGGCUGAUUCCGCUCGUUGACCCCUACUCCCUGCCUAAUUCUACUUAAGUGUUUUUUAGUGUUCGGGCUAUCCUGCAUUUUCUUUUAUCGAAGUUGCAGUUCUGGUUUUUGAUUCUAGACAGGGCAUUCUAAUGUGCCAGAACCCGUGAAGCUUCUGCGCGGAGCCGAUUGGGAUACAGCAGCGAAAAGUAUGCGAACGCAUGAGUGUGGCGUAGACUUCUAUCGGAGCCGGGGAGUGAAAAUAUUCGUGGGUCAGUGGUGGCAUGGUGAGAGCGAAACUCAGCGUGAGAAGAUUCUCGACGAUAUCUUUUCUGGGCGUUGCUUUUGGAAACCGGUAGAUCAUGAUACUACACAUUCGUCAUGGGAUGGGCACGAAAAGAGGUGGAUCCCAUGAUGGAUCGAUCAAAUGGUUUCUCGUGAAAUCGAUGCAAAAUUUUAUGCGUCAGUGAGUUGUACAUCAAUCUAAGUAAAAAAAACUUAUACCUCCGAAUACUGAUAUCAAAGAAGAGACAAGCGUCGCACCAGUCGCACUGACACGAAAGAGUUGGAU